AUGGCGCCUCCUAAGGGUUGCUCCAAUUGUGGCAGCGCACAGAAUCACAAAAUCUCCGUCUGCAAAAAUCCCUACCCGCCGUACGAUCGACAAGUAUGCGAUGAAUGCCUAGAGUAUGGCCAUGAAUUUCAGAACUCUCCCAGUAGAAUGGGAGAGCCGUGGAAGAGCUGCGGACAUGCACCAUGUAAGAAGAAGAAUUGUCAAGUUCUUGGUGAUAAGAAGUAUUCGGAGAUAAGUCAAGAUAUUGCGGAUCAAUUCACUCCGAUUGCUAGGGAGGCAUGGUUAAGAAAACGUGAGGAAGCGUCGACUGCUCCUACAGUAGGAGAAUCUAGCGCAAGUUCAACUACUCCCGCUCCUAUCGCAACGUCCGGGACUUCGAGUAGCACUGCUGGACCAUCACAACUUCCAGCCGCAGCUGAAGUUGACGACAGAACCGAGGAAGAGCGACUUCAGCAGUUAUAUGAUGGAGAAGCCAAGAAUAUGCCCCGGGCAGUCCCGAGCCAAAAUUGGGAUUCGCCUACCAUGAUCCACGCCAACUUUUACAAGAUAACUAUUGGUGGCACAGCACAAAUCUGCAAGUACUCGAUCUGUCUUGACACAAUCAUUCCUCGAGGAAAGACGGAAGCUGAAGCGAUACUUCUAGAGGCGAAUAAGGGCAGUUUUAAGACGAUCAGCUGGGCGACCGAUUAUAAAUCGUUGGUCGUCACCAACAAACCGCUCAAAGGGCAUAACUUGAACGCAAUUGAUCAUUUGAUUCCAACACCUCAUACACGGAGCGGAUCCGAUGGCAACCCAAUCAACAUGAGCUCUUCCUUGAAAUAUCUAGGAUUGGUCAACACCCAAGCUCUCAAGGACCAUGUUACUUCCAACGGUCCACAUCUCGAUCAUCCUGAAGAGGAACUGAAGUUUUUGAACAUCAUCUCUUGGAAGAAGAUCAAUUCCCCCGGCUAUGCAGGCGGUCGUGUGGGAAAGAAAUUCUACCCACAAAGUUUUGUUGCCGAUAUCGAAAGAAUGAUGUCGUAUAAACGAGGUAAACGCGCGUCGGGAUUUAGAGACAGCGACGUACCUUUAUACCAGAUACGCCGUGGCUUUUUCAGUUCAAUAAGGCCCGGUAAAGGUUCAAUCUUGCUCAACAUCAAUUUGGCAACAUCUGCGUUCUUUUCACCUAUCAAUCUUGCUCGGUGGAUAAAGUCAAACGAGGCCGCUGAAAGUGAUUUCAGAAGAGCUCUGAAGGGGGUGCAUGUGAUUUUUGACCUUCACAGCGAGGGAAGGCAAAAGUUCUUUACUAUUCGAAGCAUCAAUUCACUUUCCGUUUCAGGGACUAAGUUCACGAAGAAUGAUGGUAACGAAAUUUAUGUGCAUUCUUACAUGACUGUUACAUUCCCCAAAGGCAGAUUCGAGAAAGAUGCGUAUUGUGUUAAUGUAGAAAGCAAUGCAAGGCCAACUUGGUAUCCAGCAGAUCAUCUGAAGAUCGUAGAAUGGCAAAUUGUCAAGAAGAAUUUGCCAGAGCCUUAUGUUGCUGCUAUUAUUGACACAACUCAAGGUGCCAAGGCGAGUAAGAAGUGCAUCAAGGAAAGCGCAUUGCCAGAACUGGACAUUGUCGAAAGCGGCUCUUUCUACAAGGAAUUCGGCAUCACGCCAUCCACGACUUUGGUUGAAAUCAACGCGGGAAAGUUGGAAAUUACAGAAGUUCAAUAUCCUGGCGUAGACAUAAAUAGGGCUGCCGGAGGUUCUUGGUCCUUUAAAUACAAGAAGUGUUGUCAACCAGGAAAUGCUUACACAACUCUCCAUGUUCUUUGGUUAAGAUCUGCGGAUGAUCCAGCCCACAACCAGGCUUAUAUGGAAGACUUGACCAACACUUUGGUCUCUUCUCUACAGGCCUUUGGACUUUCGCAGAUCACGAAACGUUUUUUCUCUCAAGCCCAAGUUCCGAGUCAUAUUCAGCAUACGGCUCCGGAAGCUUAUCGUCAAGCUUGCACUGAUUCUUUCAAUGAAGCUCUACCAGGAAUGGGAGGACGCCAAAAUGUCUCACUGAUACUGGUUGUGCUUCCAGAGCGAAGUCGCAAGCUCUAUCCAGAAGUCAAGAGAUGGGGGGAUUGUGAUGUUGGGAUCCCGAAAAUCUGCGUAGUGGAAGAAACUUUAGGAAAGAGAGAUCUGGCUAUAUGUGGCAAUAUUAGCUUAAAGUUCAACCUCAAGUUGAAAGGGAUUAACCAAAAAGUCAACCAGAAGUGCGGGUUGAAACCCCAAACUAUGGUUGUUGGUGCAGAUGUUACACAUCCUGGCGACGAAGAAGAGCGUCCUUCCAUAGCUGCUGUUGUAGCUACGAACGAUGAAGAAUCGUUUCAAUAUCUCGGCUCUGCGCGACUUCAAGAAGGAAAACAAGAGUACAUCUCAGAUCUCCGAGGCAUGAUGAAAGAACGACUUCUUGCCUGGGCCGAAAAAGCUUCCAAAGGUCCCGUGGGACUCGGUGGUAGAGUUUCCCAAGUUGUUCCUGACCAGAUUCUCUUCUACCGUGACGGAGUGAGUGAGAGUCAGUUCGGUAUGGUUCGACAUCACGAGAAACAACAGAUUCUCGACGGUUGUAUCGACGCAUACAAUCAACUAAGCCUUGAUACCAAGAACAAACGUCCGGGUGCUCUACCAAAGUUAGCCAAGGGUGUAAAAUGGAAGCCUGGCCUCACCUUGAUCGUUGCAAUCAAGCGACAUCAUGCCAGAUUUUACCCUUGGUCUGAAGAUACAGCAAAUGAUGCAAUUAGCAAGAAAAACGAUCCGAACUUGAAUGCUGGAACUAUCGUCGACUCGGUAGUAGUGACGCCCAACCAUCUAAGCUUCUAUUUGCAGAGUCAUUGCAGUCCACUCGGAACGGCUAGAAGUACACAACGAAUAAACUAUGCUACACCAGCGCGCUAUGCAGAUCUUCUAUGUGAUCGCUUGAGAUGCUAUCUAAAGCCUGUCUUGGAAGGAUAUCGAGAUACGAGGGUCACGAAUGAUAUGGAUGGGGCACAGAGGGCAACGGUUUAUGAAGGAAAUACGGUUGUUUGGAAGCCGAAUACUGGAGUUGCUUUGCCGGAAGGGUGGAGAAAUCCCUGGAACUCAUUGGUGAAGGAUAUUAUGUUUUAUCUUUGA